ACUUGGUCAAGACAAGACUUUUAGCACUCGGUAUGGCCAGGCCCUGCACAUGUCCCAUUGUAUAAAGUAAACGGAGACUGCAGUCUGCAUAGCAAGCAAAACGAUCAUCCGGAACUACUAUUGAUCAUCGAAAGCAUAUCCGCACAUCACUUUCUUCUUUAAGGAACCCUCAAGUCGCAUACUACACACCUGCUCAUCCCCAGAAACUCGAGUUCCCCUUGCUCGACAAAGGAUCCGCCUUCUUUUACCCUCUAUAUUUUCAAUCUACUAUACACUGCCAACCAUGCAUUUCCUCUCCACCAUCGUCAGCAUCGCCUCUCUGUCGGCUCUUGCAUCCGCACAACCAGGCCCCGGCCCAGCACCAGCACCAGCACCACCCGUCGCCCAGAUGAACAACACAAACGGCAUUGGCAGCAUGCCUGCACAGCGCUUCGUCAUCUCCGCCGACCAAGCCCAGACUGUCAUCAAAGCCGCCAUCGCAAACGCCACCGCGCUCCAGAUCCCAGAAAACAUUGCCAUUGUCGACCCAGCCGGCAUGCUCGUCGCUUUCCACCGCAUGGACAACGCAUACCUCGGCUCCAUAGAUAUCAGCCAGAAGAAGGCCCGCACUGCCGUUCUCUUCAACGGCCUUAGUAGCGGAGACCUCUACGCUGCCGUUCAGCCCGGCGCCCCGCUUUACAGCGCCGAGAACAGCAACGGAGGUCUUAUUGUCUUUGGAGGCGGUCUCCCUAUUUACCUCAAUGGAAGACUGAUUGGCGGUGUUGGUGUUAGCGGUGGAAGUGUAGAGCAGGAUCUCAGUGCUGCGUUUGCGGGUGUUGAGGGGCUUGGUGCUUCAUCCAAGGCUUAAAAGCAUGGUAUUGAGAUGAAAACGCCUUUGUUUUACUUAUUCUUCUUGUAUUUUUUUGUUGAAAGAUUUUUGGGGCGAUAUCCUGGGGUUAGUUUGGAAGUAAAAACUUUUGACAAGGUCGAAGAUAGAUGUUUUGGGACAUGAUUGUUGUUGUGUUAUACUAGAAUAGAAGGGCCGAAAAGGGCCUGGUUGUAAUUGGUAAUACUGAGGAUCAAUGUACUCGGUUGAGAAUAAGAGGUGUCCAUUUUUGGAACGGUGUUACGACAUUUGGCUUGCUGCAUACUCUUGAGAAAUAGACUUGAUUUGUAUGUUGCAAGUAGACCUUCUGGUCUCUCCUUGAUCACAUUAAAAACUGGUUUAGACUUUUUGGG